AUGGCUAAAAGAAAAUUGGACGAGGUCCAGGCCAGCGCAGUUCCUAACGAUGAUGCUGGUAUUGAUGCCGUUCCAGAAUCCAUAAACGGAAACAACUCAGAUGCCGGUUCCGAUUCUGAUGUUGAAGAAGAAGAGGAAGAAGAUGAAGCCAAGACUGAAGAAGAAACCAUUCGGCAACAAGGUCGUCCCACAAAGAAGCAAAGAAAGCAACUUUCUGCGCAAGAGAUUCAGGUGGCCAGAGAAACAGCAGAGCUUUUCAAGUCGAAUAUCUUCAAAAUGCAAAUCGAUGAGCUUGUGAGCGAAGUCAAGAUUAAAGAGUCUAACGUAUCUCGAAUUGAAAAAGUGUUACAUCGCCUUCAUGGGUGUAUUCUGCAGAUCCCUGCGAGCGAAAGCUUAACACUUGAAGAGGCCGAAAAUCUUAUCAAUCCGAAAAAAGUUGUUAUUCCUUUCCCAGACCCUAAGCCCACGAAGACAAAUUACAAAUUUGGUUAUUUGCCUCCAGAGGACGUUUCCUUGGUCGGAUCUUUUGGAUUAAAAACUGGCAUAGCUCAAAGAGAAGGGAUGUCUAUUGAUAUUUCGUUGACGAUGCCUAAAUCUUUGUUCCUGCCCAAAGAUUAUCUCAACUACCGUGCAUUGUACAAGAGAGCCUUCUAUCUUGCGUACAUGGCAGAACACCUUAUCCACUUGACCAAGAAAAACAAUUUGCCAGUGAAAAUCUCAUAUUGCUAUUUGAACGACGAUGUUCUCUGUCCCAUGCUCAAACUUGAGAGUAUCAAGACAGAUAACAAGGACGACUUAUGUUUCCAUAAGACCAAGUUCUCCAUUAAUUUGAUCGCUGCGUUUCCGUUUGGUGUCUUCGAGCCAAAGAAGCUUUUGCCCGACCGCAAUUGCAUCAGGGUCCAGAGCGAUUCAGAAGAACUCCCGCCUACCCCAUACUACAACUCGUCUAUUCUUUCCCUGUCCACAUAUGAUUACUACUUAAAGUUUUUGUACGCAAGCAAGAAGUCAGCAGAUGCGUUCAAAGACGCUUGCACUUUGGGGAGAUUGUGGUUGCAACAGAGGGGAAUGGGCUCCUCUAUUAAUAAAGGUGGAUUUGGCCACUUUGAAUUUGCCAUAACGAUGGCUGCACUUUUAAACGGAGGUGGAGCCAACGGUAACAAGAUUCUCUUGCACGGUUUCUCUUCAUACCAACUUUUCAAAGGUACAAUCAAGUAUUUGGCCACUAUGGACUUGACCUCAGGUUAUCUCUCGUUUUCAGGUGAAAUUGGCGAUUCAAUCAGCUGCAAGUACAAUGCUGAUGCCGGUUUCAACACACCUACAAUUUUCGAUAAGAAUGUCAAGUUGAACAUAUUGUGGAAGAUGUCCAACUCAUCCUACCAAGCUUUGCGACUACAGGCAAUUAGUACCUAUUCUUUGCUUAAUGAUGUUGUUUACGAUAGAUUUGAUCCAAUCUUAUUACGCAAAACUGGUCUUAACUGCAUGAAGUACGAUUUGGUGUAUAAUGUUGAGCUUCCUGAGGACCUCUACGAAUCCUUUGGCGCCUUAGAGAAGAUAUCAUUCAUCACCUUUGACAACUACGUCAAACACAAAUUGUACGUGAUCUUGAAAACAGCAUUGGGUGAACGAGUAACGAGCUUAGAAAUCUUGAAUGAAAAAGUUUCUAAUGCUUUCCCUCUCACAAGGAGAAAGCCUACCCAACCACAUUGCACAAAAUACACUAUUGGUCUUGAGUUAAAUGCAGAUGAGUGCGAUAAAUUGGUUACUAAGGGCCCUAAUGAUAUAGAUGAAGAACAAGCGGCCAAAUUCCGUGCCUUUUGGGGCUCCAAGUCUUCUUUGAGAAGAUUCAAAGACGGAACAAUCCAACACUGUGUUGUUUGGACAGUGGAAAAAAAUGAACCGCUAGUUUUCCAAAUCAUGAACUACGCCCUCAAUACCCAUGUUCACCGCCUUAUUUCUCAGCAUGCAAGCUCAAAUGCUUCCAAAUUUAAUGCAAGGUUACCAACACCGCUGAAUGCUCUUGCUUCCAACCUGGGUGUAACUUCCACUGCGAACUUCACUCUUUUAAAAUCAUCAUUUGAAGAUCUUUGCAAAAUCAUGUACAAUUUGGAAAUGCCUUUGGGAAUUAAAUCGAUUUUACCCGCUUCUCCUGCUUUGCGCAACACUUCCAUCUUGCAACCUGUUCCAUUCGCAGUUUCUGAUCCUAAUUUCUGGAACGAAGUUGUUUUGCAGUUUGAAACGUCUUCGAGAUGGCCGGAUGAGAUUAAGGCUUUGGAAAAAACGAAGGCUGCGUUCUUAUUGAAAAUGAGUGAUACUUUAAACAAAGAGACGACAUACAAGACAUUCCUUUCUCGUGACCAUUCGAUUCCAUUCAAUGAAGAUGUUACCAUCCUUAAUGUGAUGGCCCCAUCUGGAUUCGGUUUUAAAAUCAGAGUUCUCACAGAAAGAGACGAAAUCCUUUACUUGAGAGCAGUCGAAAAUGCCGGUACGCAAAAAGCGAUCGUUCAGAACAUUUACUUGAAGUUCAACCAGAGAUACAUCGGAUCCAUCAAACACACCAGAACCAUUAACAUUCUCAACAGCAGUUUCCCAUACUAUUCGCCAACUGUCAGAUUAUUGAAACAAUGGUUGGAUGCCCAUGUUCUUUUAGGACAUUUCACAGAUGAACUCGUGGAACUUAUUGCUUUAAAACCAUUUGUGGACCCUGCUCCAUACACAGUGCCGAACUCUGUUGAAAAAGGUUUUCUUCAAGUUUUAGACUUCCUUGCUUCGUGGAACUGGAAAGAUGAUGCAUUAAUCUUAGACCUCGUGAAGCGCAGCGACGCUGUUGUGACUGACUUGGAUAACAAGCUAUCUGACAAAUUAUCAGUUCAAGCAUACCAGUUAAUACAGUCUAACUUCGAGAAAAUCAGGAAGAGCGAUCCUUCAGCUAUGAAGACACAAUUCUUUGUUGGUUCCAAAGACGAUGCAUCAGGAAUAUUGUGGUCCGAUGAAGUGACUCUUCCAAUCGCAAGUAGAUUGACUGCUUUGGCUCGUGCAGCCAUUCUGUUAGUGAAAGACACGGCAUUUGACCAAGCAACGAUGGACUUAUUCUUCACCCCAGCUUUGAACGAUUUUGAUUUCUUUAUGAAGGUGAAAGGAAGCAACCUCAACAAACUGAGUGGUAUCAAAAGAGAAGGCGAGUUCAAGAAUUUGAACACCAAUCUCACUUCUUAUCCGACUGAUAUUACUUCUAGAUACGACUUGAGCAGCGUUCUCGUUGAUGAGCUCAAGAAAAAAUUCGGAAAUAUAAUCAUUUUCUCAUCCAGAAAAUGCCCUGUUCUUUUUGGUGAAGGUGAUAAUGUGGUGUGUGGUGUUUUCGUUCCGACAGCAAUGUCCAAAAAGAAAUUCAGAGUUAGUUUGGGAAUGGAUGUGAAACCCACUGGUGAUGGCGAUGAGGUUGUGAUCAACAAGCAGGAGAUUUUUGACCAGAUCAGCCUUUUGGGAGGUGAUCUCAUCAAAAGCAUAAAAUUUCGCAAAUAG